AUGCCCAGGGUGGGCCCGCUCAUGGUGCUGUUUCGUCUGGUUCCUCGAAUGCGUCAGGCUCCGGAUCGGGACCGAAGCCGGAGAGGGCGAGCACCGUGUUAUCCCCUGGAUCGCUACUCGUAUCUGACCGCAUCGGCUGUGGUCAGGAUGCGAAUGACGAUGCCGGCCCAGCCCGCCUCGCCUCCAUUAGACAAUCUUCAGUCCCUCACGCCUUCCUCCUGGCAGUGUCAACACGACGUUGUCGCUCCCGUGCUGGAGCCUCUGCCCCACUAUGGGAUAGGCCUCCUGCAGCCAAAUCCCCGGCGCUAG